AUGCCACCCCCAUCAGCACUCUCCCGCGCCGCCCUCCGCGCCCUACUAUCCUCCUCCUCCUCCCGCCGCCUCACUACGUCCUCACGCCUCACCCACCGCCCAACCCCAACCCCACCACCAACCGCCGCGCGCCUCACCGCCUCCUCCAGCAGCAUCACCACCACAAAAAGACACCAACCCCUCCACACCUCCGCCCGCCUCCACCGCUCCAACCCGCCCGUCUCGCACGACCGCGGGCCCCCCUCGUCGGAAGAGACGCAGACGGACUUCGACAAGCUCGACGUGCUGGGCAACAUGCCGGCGCCCACCACCGCCGUCGACGCGACCUUCGACGACGGCUUCUCGCUCAACAGCGGGCUGCACGUCGGCGGCAUGUGCGGCGUGCUGCUGGUGGCGGGGGACGCGUUUGUGUGGAGGCCGUGGGUGAGAGGGGAUGAAAAGGAGGGGGGGAAGGAGGGGGAGAAGAAAAAGACGACGCUGAGGAACGAGAGGAACAUGUGGGAGUGCGAUCGCGCGGCUUGGGGCGCGUUGGAGCUGGUGUGGCCGAAGCCUGACCUCCUCAUCAUCGGCACCGGCGCGACCGUCGUCCCCGUUUCGCCCACCACUCGCAAGCACAUCAACGACCUGGGGAUACGGCUGGAGGUCUCGGACACGCGCAACGCGGCGGCUCAGUUCAACCUGCUGGCGACGGAGCGGGGCGUGCAACAGGUGGCGGCGGCACUUGUGCCCAUGGGCUGGAAGGAGGACAGAGCGCGGUGA